AUGGCGCGGCAGAAGCAACCCUCGAUGCGCCGCGAGCCUUCCGAUCUCUUCAAGCAGAAUGGGUCCGCCGAGAAGCACAGCACGAGGUCAGCGAACGGCGAUGUGAUAGAUCGUGUCAUAGAAAAGCAACUAUCCAACGGCGCCGCGAAAGGACUACUAUCCGCGCAACCCCCCGAGUCGCAGGCCGGUAUACUCCAACUCGGCAUCUGCGUAGCCGGCAUCUACGCCUCCUUCCUCGCCUGGGCCUUCCUGCAAGAGCGCAUAACCACAACCCGCUACGGCCCCCCCGGGGCCCCCGAAACCUUCACCUUCUCCGUCUUCCUCAACACCAUCCAAUCCUUCCUCGGCUUCCUCAGCGGGUACGCCUACCUGCUCCUCUCCACCCCCACCGGGCGUCCCACGCCCCCAAUCUUCCCUUCCACCUCGAUCCUGCCUCCACUAUUCCUGGUGGCUGUGACCAGCAGCCUCGCCUCCCCCUUCGGCUACGCCAGCCUGAAACACAUCGACUACAUAACCUUCAUCCUCGCCAAGUCGUGCAAGCUGCUGCCGGUCAUGUUCCUGCACAUCAGCAUCUUCCGGAAGCGGUACCCGCUGUACAAAUACGCGGUCGUGGGGCUCGUGACCUUGGGCGUCGCGCUCUUCACCUUGCACGCGCCGACGACGAGCAAGAAGCGGGCGAGAGCCGUGGAGGGGAGCAGCGCGUGGGGGCUGCUGCUGCUGGGGAUUAAUCUGCUGUUUGAUGGCCUCACGAAUAGUGUGCAGGACCAUGUUUUCGCAACCUUCAAACGAUACACAGGCCCGCAGAUGAUGUGUGCCCAGAACCUGCUGUCGACGGCGUUGACGCUGGGGUAUCUGUUCAUGAGCCCGUGGGUCGCGCAGACGGGCCUGGGCGCCUGGCUGGGCAUGCAAGCGUCCGGCGCAGGGGAGCUGGGCGAGGCGCUAGCGUUCCUGGGGAGGUAUCCGGAGGUUGGAUGGGAUGUGCUUGCGUUUGCGGGAUGCGGGGCUAUCGGCCAGAUUUUUAUCUAUUACACGCUUUCGCACUUCUCGUCGCUACUUCUAGUCACCGUGACGGUGACGAGGAAGAUGCUGACGAUGCUGUUUUCCGUCGUGUACUUUGGGCAUAAGAUUCAAGGCAUGCAGUGGCUGGGUGUGGGGUUGGUAUUUGGAGGGAUUGGAGCGGAGGCAGGAGUAAAGAUGUGGAAUGACAAGGCGAAGCAGAAAAGCAAGGGGCCGGCAGGUGAGAAGAAGGAGUUAUAG